CAGGCAGUUCGCAGUUUUGGGUGCUGGCUCUUCGUUCUGUGGGUGACACUAAAUGGGGCUGCGGACCAACCUGCUGACCCUGGGGAGAUAUUUUAAUUGUCACAGGCUUCUCCCUCCUUUCGCAUCUCAUUUUCUCGACGAAGCAUCAGUACGACCACAGAGCUGCUGCUACUUCAUCCCCAAGCACCACGGAGAGCAAGCAGAGACCUCCCCAUAAGAGACCAGAGAAUCAGACCCCACCCCCAAAAAAAAUGGCACCAGCCGCUGACUCCCCGACGCUUCAACCCGCCCAGCCCUCUGAUCUCAAUCAGUAUAGAGGAUACGACCACGUCCACUGGUAUGUCGGAAACGCUAAGCAGGCCGCUACCUACUAUGUCACUCGCAUGGGUUUCGAGAGAGUAGCCUAUCGCGGAUUGGAGACUGGCUCCAAAGCGGUGGCCUCGCAUGUUGUGCGAAACGGAAACAUCACCUUCAUCUUGACUUCGCCCCUUCGAUCCGUUGAGCAGGCUUCUCGUUUCCCCGAGGACGAGGCUCUCCUGAAGGAGAUCCACGCCCAUCUCGAGAGACACGGCGAUGGUGUCAAGGACGUCGCCUUCGAGGUCGACUGCGUAGAGUCUGUCUUCUCGGCUGCCGUUAGGAACGGUGCUGAGGUUGUUUCCGAUGUCAGAACGGUUGAAGAUGAGGAUGGCCAGAUCAAGAUGGCGACCAUCCGAACUUAUGGCGAGACCACUCACACCCUCAUCGAAAGAUCCGGCUACAGGGGCGGAUUCAUGCCGGGAUACCGGAUGGAGAGCAAUGCCGACGCCACUUCCAAGUUCCUUCCAAAGGUUGUGCUUGAGAGAAUAGACCACUGCGUUGGAAACCAGGACUGGGACGAGAUGGAGCGAGUCUGCGACUACUACGAGAAGAUCCUCGGAUUCCACCGUUUCUGGUCCGUUGAUGACAAGGACAUCUGCACUGAAUUCUCUGCACUGAAGAGUAUCGUCAUGGCAUCUCCAAAUGAUAUCGUCAAGAUGCCCAUCAACGAGCCCGCCAAGGGAAAGAAACAAUCCCAGAUUGAAGAAUAUGUUGACUUCUACAAUGGUGCUGGCGUUCAGCACAUUGCUCUCCGAACCAACAACAUCAUCGAUGCCAUCACCAACCUCAAGGCGCGCGGCACCGAAUUCAUCAAGGUUCCAGAGACCUACUAUGAAGACAUGAAGAUUCGCCUCAAGAGACAAGGCCUGGUCCUCGAUGAGGACUUUGAGACCCUGAAGAGCCUGGACAUCCUUAUCGACUUUGACGAGAAUGGGUAUCUCCUGCAGCUUUUCACCAAGCAUCUCAUGGAUCGCCCAACCGUUUUCAUUGAAAUCAUCCAACGCAACAACUUUUCCGGUUUCGGUGCGGGCAACUUCAGGGCCCUCUUCGAGGCUAUUGAGCGUGAGCAGGCUCUCCGUGGCACCCUUAUCUAGAUCUGCAAAAGCAUUAUCUUGUUUCAGUAACGAUGUCAUGUAUCUUCCUUACAGUAUAUUAUAGCGUGUUAUUUUGUAUUUAUUAUAUUCGGGAU